CGCUAGUGUUCCCUUCCCUGAUUGGUCCGUUUCGCAUCACGUCCGGAAGCGAAAAGCCCCGUAUGUUUUUGAAUCGAGAUCCUUCGGAGCUGCGUGGUCGUCCUCACACCACUCAGGUCAACUAUGUCCAACGAAGACCUAAUUUCAGUGGAUUAUGAAAUUUUUGGCAAAGUGCAAGGUGUAUUUUUUCGGAAAUACACUCAAGCAGAAGGGAAGAAGCUUGGCCUUGUUGGAUGGGUCCAAAACACAAGCGCAGGAACAGUUCAGGGGCAGCUACAAGGCCCACGCAGGAAGGUGAAAGAAAUGCAAGAAUGGCUGAAAUCCACCGGGAGCCCCAAGUCGCACAUAACCAAGGCAGAGUUCAAGAACGAGAAAACAGUUGAUAGCCUAGAACACUCCUCUUUUAAUGUAGUUAAAUAGUGGGAUUGUGCCUGUAUUAUUAACUUUGAGGCUGAUGUUUUAUUUAUUUAGUUUUUCAAAUGCACCUCGUAAUUAGUGUAAAAGAUGUGUGUAUGUUAGGUCUCCUUAACAUCUACAAUAUAUGGAAUUACAUGAAUAAAUGAAAAAUUCCUUUCAGCAGG